GGACUGGUGUCGUCUUCUGCUCUUGGCUGGAAUUGCUGCUGUUUUGCAUGCAGCUUAAUGAGCACCCAUGCACACUAUGGCAACAACAAUCGGUCCAUGCUCAGAUGCAGAGGACCUGUUGGCUUCCAUCCACCUCGAGAGGUAUCUGGACCACUUCCGUCAGGCAGGCUUUCUCCUUGCCCGAGACUUCUGUCAUGUGGACAAUGUGGCUCUGAACAGGGUGGGAGUCACUGCCACCGGCCACAGGAAGCGUAUCCUCAAACUGAUCGAGCACAUUCAGCUGAUCUGUCAACAUCAAAGGAAAGAGCCCUUGCUAGAUCGCUGUAAUUCAGAUUCUGCUAUUCACGAGGUGACCCCUGUGAAAGCGGAGCCUCAUUCUCCUUCAAGACACCCUAGCACUGCCUUAGAAGCCUUACGUAACAGCUCGGCCCCGAAUCUUUGUGCACAAGUGAAGCGCUCGUUCUCAGAGCGGAGCGCCAGUGUCGUAAAGCCGGUACCAAAACCAAGAACUGUCUUCCACAGAUUAAGAGCAGAGAUAAUUUCUUUACCAACACAACAUGAAGUGCAACCUCACCAAAAGUCAUCUCAGGACCCGCUUUUAAAAGUUGCAGAAGGUUCAUCCUCCAGUACAGACACUGUUGAAACACCUACUGAAUCGAAAAAGGGCCCUUGCGAAUCAGGUUUGAGUAAUACCACUUCGGCCCCAGAGACUAGUGAUCUGUUAGCCCCAGUGCCCCCUAGGUUAAAUCGAGGAAUUCCCCCAUCCACAUUCAGGAAAAUGUCGGACCAGGAGUGUCUGAGCACCCUUCCUGACUCCCCCUCGAGUUAUCAGUGCUCUCACUUCACUAACAUGCUCGGUUCACCUCCAAGUCCACCCUGCUCAGGGCUAGAGAUGGUCUCUAAUGAAAUCUACUGUGGCACUUUACCAGGCGACACAGCAUCUGCUGAGGAUGAAGUUGAAAUGAUCAACCCGUACUGUGAAACUGUUUUCCACAGCAGACGACAAUAUCAGCAUUCAGAGGUUAGAUACUUAAGUAAAAAUUCAACUUCGUCUUCUCACAGGCAGCACAAUCACUCGUGGCUCAAGUGUCUUGAUUCUCCAGGCUACUGCACUGUGGGUGAACCGUCUCCGGCCUCUCACUCGUUCUCCCUCCCUCAUAACCUCGGCUCCAUUGAAGCGGACGAGGACCACAUCAUCUCUCCCUACGCCAGCUUCACCUCGCUGUCCGAGCGGGCGGCACCCAUCCUCAGCGACUGGCUGGACAAGCUCUCUCCUCAAGGAAACUAUGUGUUCCAGAAACGAUAUGUGAAGUUUGAUGGGAAGAACUUGAUGUACUAUGGUAGUGAAAAGGAUGCCUAUCCCAAAGGUGUGAUUCCCUUAGCUGCCAUACAGAUGGCCCGCGUAGCCAAAGACAAUAAAUUUGAGGUCGUCACAAGUCACAGGACAUUUGUCUUCCGAGCUGAUAAUGAUGUUCAGAGGUGCAAAUGGUGCAGCACGCUGCAGGAGCGGGUCAAAGAACAGCUGGUUUUCGGCCGCCCACGUUUUGGCCCCGGCAGUCACUGCCAAAAGAGCGGCUUCCUGGAGCUCAAAACCAAGUCAAAGAUCUACACAGCCAUUAUAAUGGAGCAGAUCUGGUUGUACAAGAGUGAGCAGUGCUUUAAAAAUGGAAUUGGAAUUACUGUAAUUGAGGCCAGAGGUGCAACAAUUCGUGAUGGGAAGGGCAAGAGCUUUGAUCUCAUUACACCUUAUAAAACCUUCAGCUUUACGGCAGAGUCGGAGCGAGAGAAGAGGGACUGGAUGGAGGCCCUGCAAGAAUCUAUAGCGGAGACACUAUCUGAUUAUGAGGUGGCGGAGAAGAUCUGGUCCAACAGGUCCAACAAGAUCUGCGCAGACUGCAAAGCCAUCAAUUCGGACUGGGCAUCCAUCAAUCUCUGUGUGGUCAUCUGCAAGAACUGCGCAGGCCAGCAUCGAGGUCUCGGCACAAUGGUGUCGAAAGUGCAGAGUCUGAAACUAGACACCAGCGUGUGGAGCAAUGAGAUCGUUCAGCUCUUCAUAAUGCUUGGCAAUGAUAGAGCCAAUGAAUUUUGGGCGGCCAGACUUCCUGUGAACGAGGAGCUGGACUGUGACGCCUCCCCAGAGCAGCGGAGAGAGUUUAUCACCCACAAAUACAGAGAAGGCAGAUAUCGCCACCCUCAUCCCAAUUUUAGCACCCAAGAGGAACUUCUUAAGGCGCUGUGCACCGCUGUGACUGAGCAGAACCUGCUAAAAACGGUCACUCAGAUUUUUGCGGAGGCUGAGGCCGCUCGACUCGCUGACGCUAAUGAAAACGAUAAGCGCGUGUCCCCGCAUUACUCAUACACACAGUCUGCAGAUUCCUGUGUCUAUGAUGAGAUCAUGCAGCCCAUCCUGUACUCCGGCUACCUCUACAAGUCAAGCUCCUUGAACAAAGGGACAUUAUCCCGCAGAACCAGAGACGCAGAUUUUCAAAAGUACUGGUGUUCGGUGGAGAAGUCUAUUCUCUUCUAUGAGUCCGACAGAUGUCAUGAGCCCAGUCUGAAGAUCGAUGUUAAAGACAUCAUCUGUUUAGGAGUUAGCAGGCCAGACUCCAGCAACAACAGCGGCUUUAUUGACAAAUUUCGAUACACUUUUGAACUUUACCUAACAUCUGAUAAACUGAUCCAGUUUGGCUUGGAGACUUCAGAUGCAUUGCACAGUUGGGCACGAGCAAUAGGGAAGUCCACCACCCCUCUCAGCUGUCACUGCCUGCUGGCGCGAGAGUUCGAGCGAGUGGGCGUACUGCGCUACAAGGCCAUGCUAGACCCGCAGCAGUGGAAAGAAGGCUUCUUUGUUCUGCAGAAGUCCAACCUGUUCAUAUGCCCUGGAAAUGAUGGAGCCGCAGAGGAUAUUAUAAACCUGAAACGCCUUCAGGAGCUCAGCAUUGCAUCCGAAACAGAGAACCAUGAGAAGAAGGACAUCCUGGUUCUUGUUGAGAAAGGAAGGACUCUGUAUCUGCAGGGCAUGGGCAGGACCGAUUUCUCCCUGUGGUACACAGACAUUCAGAAGGCAGCAGGAGGGAAAGGGAACACCCUGAAAGACCAGCAGCUCAGCAGAAAUGACAUCCCCAUCAUCAUUGACAGCUGCAUUGCCUUUAUAACUCAGUAUGGUCUGGGCCAUGAGGGGAUAUACAGGAAAAACGGUGCGAAGUCCAGAAUCAAGCUUUUGAUGGAGGAGUUUCGUAAGGACGCCCGCAAUGUGAAACUCCGCAUUGGAGAUAACUUCAUAGAGGACGUGACCGAUGUACUGAAAAGGUUCUUUCGGGAGAUUGAUGAUCCCAUAUUCAUGGCUGAUCUCCACCCCUUCUGGAGGGAAGCUGCCAAGAUACCUCAAAAGCCACAGCGUUUGGACCGAUACAAAGAGCUGAUUCGAGGGUUACCUCGGGUCAACAGAACGACUUUAGCAGCUCUCAUCAGUCAUCUCUACAGGGUGCAGAAGUGUGCUGAUCUCAAUCAGAUGUGCACUAAGAACCUGUCCCUGCUGUUCGCUCCCAGCCUGUUUCAGACUGAUGGGAAAGGGGAACAUGAGGUCAAAAUCAUAGAAGACCUCAUCGAUAACUUCCUGUAUAUAUUUGAUAUUGAUGAAGAACAUCAAACUCAGAUUGAACUGGAAAUCAGUUUGAUAACCACUUGGAGAGACACACAGCUCUCACAGGCAGGGGACUUGAUUAUUGAAGUUUAUCUAGAAGAAAAGAUACCAGACUGCUGCGUCACUCUGAAAGUGUCUCCCACAAUGUGUGCUGAGGAGCUGACCAAUCAGGUGCUGUAUAUGAGAAAUAUUCCUGCAGGGGAAAAAGACGUGUGGAUGACCUUUGAGGCCAUCGAGGAAGGAGAGCUUGUCUGUGUGUUGUGGGCUGCAGCCUAUAAGAGUGAGAUAGUGAAGUCUGGAGUGCUGAAGUGUCGGGAAGAGCCGCCCAAGCUCUUGCAAGGAAACAAAUUCCAGGAGCGAUCUUUCCAAAUUAAAGACCACAGAUUACUCCUGAAGGACAAAAAAAGCAACAAACCUGAGAAAGAGUGGCAACUGAAAACCUUGAAGAUUUACAUGGGGAUCAGAAAGAAGUUAAAACCACCAACAAAAUGGGGAUUAACAGUGAUGCUGGAUAAACAGCAAUUGUACCUCAGCUGUUCCUGUGAGACUGAACUAUGGGACUGGAUGACUAAUUUACUAAAAGCACAGAAUGAUGAUUUGCGUCCACCUGUGAUGAGACGGCACUCUUCCUCUGACAUUUCCAAGCAGAAGUUUGGCACCAUGCCGCUUGUGCCCAUCAGAGGAGAGGAGAGCAAUACCAACUCCACCAUGCUCUCCGCCAAUCAGACUCUGAGAAAGCUCCACACAAGAAGGGCUCUCUCAAUGUUCUUUCCCAUGAAGGUGCAGCAGGACUCGUUUGAGGAGCGCAUUGAAAGCCCCGAGCCUUUGUAUGAGGAGGUGGGCGACUUCGGUCUGCAGGUGCUCAAAUCUUUGGAAACUAGUUUCCUGUCCAGCGCUCACGCAGAGACACAGGAGGUGCCAGCACGGCCCGUCAGCCUCGGACAGAGGAAGGCCGCCUCCCUGGAUCGCAUGGUUGGGUUAAACCCAGUGCACUCUCUCUUAUCCUCUGGAGAAUCAACAGACACUCUGGGCCAGGAGGACUCCCUGCACGUCCCAGGUAGAUACAGGUCCCACAGAUCAUGCAGCCCCCAACAGGAACUGCUGUUACAGGAACUCUCCACGAUGUUCUGCAAGAAACCAGAGUCUGAAGAGCAGCAUGAGAACCUCACCUGAGCUUAGAGACUAGAUCAAUCAAGAGCAAUUUGCUUUGGAACUUGAAAUCGCUGUUAUUAAAUUGCCACGUGUGUCUGUUUGAAAUGGGCUUGUAAGAAUCCAGUAUUAAAUCCAUCCGUUUAUUAACGUGAAGUAUCGUGCCAAAGCAGUCACUGAAAUGAAAAUCUGUGAAUCUGUGCUAGAAUUGUUUUGUAUAAAUUGGGUAAAUCUGUUUUGGCUUGUGCAUUUGUUGACUUGUUACACAAAAACUAAACGACCUCUGAACAUUUAAAAAAAUUCACUUUUUUUUUAUCGUUGUUAUAUGUUAUUGUUGUAUUAUUUGUACCUAAAGAUGAAAUUACAUUUCAGUUCCUUUUCGUAAAAAUAAAUUUCUUGGCUCAGUAACAUUACAUGUUUAGUAUAACAGUAAGAAAUGCAUGGAAAGCAAAGCAUGUGCAGUCUGUAAUACAUAAUCGGUGGUCUUAUUUGCAGUGAAAACAUUUACAUUGAUAUUCCUGGACUGCAGACUGAUUAAAUGACUACUGUAUGGGUGCAUUUCACUCCAUCUUUUAUAUGUAUACAGUGUAUUAUAUUUAUUAAUUUAUUUAUAUAGACUAUUUGAAUCAUUCUCAUAUUUCUCAGUGUUUGGUGACCGAGUGAAGGAGCAUUAUCAGAAGGAUAAAAGCAGUUUCGACUGUAACAGUAGAGGGCAGUAUAGAUACAGCACAUGAUGUCCUGACAAUCUAAAGCGUUUCACUGCAGAUUUUCACUCCUCUGUACAGGCUUUUAAUAAAGGCAUCUAUAAAGUUCAUAACAAAAUAAAUCUGUUCUAAU